AUGGCGCAUUUACGCGUUUUGAUAGUCGGAGCCUCCGUGGCCAGACCAACAGCAGCAUACUGGUUCGCCCGCGCUGGCGCGCAGGUUACAAUCAUUGAACGCUUUCCCUCUUUCCACGCCAACGGUCAAGGCAUCGACCUUCGUACUGCUGGGGUACAAGUGAUGCGCAAGAUGCCAGGCAUGGGAGCUGCCGUGCGCGCCAAGACGACUACGUAA